UGCGCGGUGGCCUCUAAUCGAAGUGGUCCUGUACUUGCGGGAGUAGGAUUAGGAAUUUAAUACAUCUAGAGACUAUCUCCAUUUAUCUACAUGUUGUAAAAAAUUUCUUCAUUUUAUAAUGCAUCAAUUGAAACAUGGUAGUAUUAGAGAGAAAUUAAUAAAACGUAAAUGAAUAUUUUUCGUGAGUGAUGAACGGGAAUUGUUGUGAUGAAUAUGAUGGAGAGUAAAACGUAAUUAAGUGAUAGAAAUAUUAAGGAAAAUUUUGAAGUGAUAUGAAAUUGUAAUACAUAAGUUUAAGCUGAAAGGUAUAUAUAAGCUGUCAUUUUGAGGGGGUGAAUAUAUUUCAAGUUUGUUUUUCCGAUAAAAGUACUCACUCUUGUACACUUUUCCUUGAGAGGAAGAAUAUAUGACAGCGACAAACGGUUAUGUCAUAUCUAAGCUGACCAUCACGAGUUGAUUCGUGUGGCUUGAAUACCAAAGUAAUCAACUAAGGGAGCACGUUUUGGUGGAGUGUAAAGGGAGAGAUUAAUGAGUAUCAUUUUCGGAGCAACUCGGUGACAUUUUGAAAGAUAAACUGACAUAAGAAGAGUCGCUAAGUCGCUCGAGGAAAACAUUGACAUUUUCCUAAAGUCAGAGGAAAGAAAAAAAAACGACAACGGGAGAAAAAAGUAAGGAAUGAUGAGAGCUGGCAAGAGUAGAAGAGUGGAGUCGUAAAUGGUUUCACAUUCGUAGCAGCGGAAAGUUAAUAUAAAGAGAAGUAGACUGUACAUGACAUAAUUUUUUAAGGAGAGAAACAAUUGUGUUUGGAAGUUAGAAGAAUGUGAGAGAAGAAAUUUUGACAAGUGGACACUUGACGACUCGGAAAAAGUAUAGUAGUUCAGGCGAGCGGAAAUACGAGAGUCGAGAUGUUUAGUGCUGAGCGUUUUGUUUUUACUACGUUUACUACCACAGCACUAUGGAAUUGUGUGGUAGUUUGUACGUAUACGUAAUUCGUUUGGUUGAACAUAACUAGGACCCAAAGAGCAACGAGUCAGAGAGAUAGAGCAAUGAGGGCCGGCAGUGGCCACCCGGCCCGCUCGUUAACUCUACGGCUGGCCUGGUGCCUUGUAUUCGGCGUAUAUCACGUACUAGCGGUAACCAGUGUGCCAUCAUCAAGAUUCGACGUGCCCGAGCAUUGUACUUUACAACAUGAAGUGGCAUUAACCUGUGUCUAUAGUUUCUCCAAUAUCGAAGUACUGCAUUUAAACUUGUCACGUGUCAUCAGUGAAUAUGUUACGUCAAUAAACAUUAUAUGUGAAGAUUUGGAGCUAGAAACUAGUUCUAGUAUCAGUAUAGUUGAACAUUUCGCGCAUUUGUGGAGAUUACGUGACUUACGUUUAAUUGGCUGCAAGUUUGAGCUUUGGCCUGCUAGAAUACUGAAUGGCUUCCAUGACUUGAGGAAUUUAACUUUAAGAAGUCUGAAUGGACGUAAAAGCAAAGUAAGUCUUGAAUUGGAACGUGGUGCUUUUGAUAUGACUCCUUUGAUCGAGAAAAUGGAUCUUUCAUCUAAUAACAUUUGGCAACUACCUGAAGGUAUUUUUUGUCCUCUCACCAAUUUAGUUACUUUAAAUGUUUCUUGGAAUAUGUUGAAAGACGUAACGGAACUUGGCUUCAGUGAUUUUGUAAAAAACUCUCAGAAAAGGGAUAUUGAGCUGACGAUGGCACCGAUCACGUGCUUACUUGAUAUUCAAAGUCUUGACGUGUCUAACAAUCAGAUAUCUGUUUUGCCGUCCCAUGGGUUUUCUUCGCUUGAGCGGCUUAAGAGUCUUAAUAUAUCACGGAACAUCAUCAGCAUGGUAGAAGACGCUGCACUUCGUGGUUUGAGAUCCCUCGAGGUAUGCGACCUGUCGAGCAAUAGGAUCGUUGCUCUUCCCGCCGGUAUGUUCAAGGACGCCACAAACACGUUGAAGGAACUGCGGCUUCAAAACAAUUCGAUCAGUGCCCUGGCACCAGGCCUCGUAGCUGAUAUGAAUCAACUUGUCACGUUAGAUUUGUCCAGAAAUAUGCUGACAAGUUCAUGGCUUAAUGCUGCCACAUUCACCGGAUUAAUACGCCUUGUUUUAUUGGAUUUAUCACAUAAUAAAAUAGUUAAAUUGGAUCCGGCAUUAUUCAAAGAUUUAUAUACACUACAAAUACUGAAUUUAAAAUACAACGAAAUAGAAACGAUACCAGCUGACACCUUUUCACCCAUGAGUAAUUUACACACAUUGGAAUUGGCGCACAAUCGAUUGACGUACUUAGAUGCUUACUCUUUAAAUGGUUUAUACGCUGUUUCAUUGCUGUCAUUGGAUUCAAAUUUACUGGAAGGUAUACAUCCAGAUGCUUUUCGAAAUUGCUCUAGUAUGCAAGAUUUAAAUUUAUCUGGCAAUAAUCUUGAAUAUAUUCCGAUUGCACUAAAAGAUAUGAGAUUGUUGAGAACACUGGAUCUUGGUGAAAAUCAAAUAAAAAGUCUAGAAAAACCAGGGUUUAGAGGAAUGACCAGCUUGUAUGGAUUGCGAAUGAUCGGCAAUGAGAUAGUAAACGUGACGAAAGAAGCUCUAUCUGAACUGCCAGCAUUACAAAUCCUCAAUUUAGCAAGAAAUAAAAUCGAGUACGUAGAAUAUGCUGCGUUCUCUGGCAAUCCAGCCUUGCAAGCGAUAAGAUUAGACGCAAAUUACCUCCAGGAUAUGAGCGGAAUAUUUGCAAAUGCACCAGGUUUGCUUUGGCUCAAUAUGUCUGACAACACGAUAAGCCACUUCGAUUAUAGCCUUCUACCGGAAAAACUUCAGUGGAUGGAUCUACACAAAAACGCGAUCAUGGAUCUUGGCGUAGCUCCCCAAGGUUUCCGCUUGCAGACUCUUGAUGUCUCUUUCAACAGACUAACGAGAAUUCAUCCAAAAUCUGUGCCAGAUUCCAUAGAGCUACUCUUCGUCAAUGACAACAUGAUUCACACUGUUGAACCGCAAACAUUUCACGACAAGGAAAAUCUUACGCGAGUUGAUCUCUACGCCAAUCAGAUAGUAAAGAUGGAUUUGUCAGCAUUGCAGUUAACUCAGGUACCUGAGAAUCGACCACUCCCAGAGUUUUACAUCGGUGGUAAUCCUUUCAUUUGUGAUUGCACGAUUGAAUGGUUGCAGAGAAUAAAUUCAUUGCCGCUGAGACAGCAUCCAAAGGUCAUGGACCUAGAAUCAGUCUAUUGUCGUCUACUAUACGACAGACAUCGUUCUUUCGUUCCUCUUUUAGAAGCUAAGCCAUCGCAAUUUCUCUGCGACUACAAAGCACACUGCUUUGCACUCUGUCAUUGCUGUGACUUUGAUGCAUGUGACUGUGAAAUGACUUGUCCGAAUAACUGUACAUGUUACCAUGAUCAAUCUUGGUCUGCUAAUGUUGUUGAUUGUUCUAACGCUGGGUAUAAGACUCUUCCAGGACGUCUACCAAUGGAUGCCACAGAAGUUUAUUUAGAUGGCAAUAAUUUUAGUGAAUUAACUUCUCACUCAUUCAUUGGUCGUAAAAAUCUUGAAGUUCUUUAUGCGAAUGACAGCAACAUCAUCGCCAUUCAUAAUCACACUUUCAGCAGUUUGAAACGUCUUAUUGUUCUUCACCUUGAAAACAAUAAAAUAUCUCGACUCAAUGGUGUCGAACUGGUGUCGCUUGAAAAUCUUAAGGAGCUCUAUCUUCAGAAUAAUUUACUUUCUCACAUUGAUAACGGUACUUUCAAUCCUCUACGUCAUCUUGAAGUACUCAGACUCGAAAAUAAUCAAUUAAGUACAUUUGCCCUUUGGCAAUUAGCACAAAAUCCAUAUCUUGUCGAUAUAAGUAUCUCUAAUAACCCUUGGAGCUGUGAUUGUACAUAUUUGGAUCAAGUUCGUGAUUGGAUGUCGAAGAAUAAAGCUAAAAUUAUUGAUUGGAAACGAGUAACUUGUGCCCUCGGAAUGCCUAUCACUCUCUUAGUUAAUGGGACUGUAAUAAAUUGUGCUGCAUUGACAGGAGUUACUUCUGCUGUAGAAACAAGACCUCUGGAAGCUUAUUUACCACUUUUGCUAGCUACAGCUGUGCUCUUCUUUGCCAUGAUGGCAUUACUUUGUGGUGCAUUCAGACAUCGUAGAACCAUCCGUGCUUGGGCUGCUAGCAGAUGUGGUCUGAGAGCUUGUUAUAAAACUGCAGCUUUUGAAGACCGAGAAAAACCUUUUGAUGCAUACAUCUCAUACUCAGCAGUUGACGAAAAUUUUGUGUCUCGAGUUCUAGUUCCUGGCCUCGAGUCAUCCUACAGACUUUGUCUUCAUUAUCGAGACUUGGGAGCAGGUGCUAAUGUUGCUGAUGCUGUGGCCGAAGCAGCUGAUUCUUCCAGACGUACUAUCCUCAUUCUAUCACGUAAUUUCCUACACGGAGAGUGGGCGAGGUUUGAAUUUAAAGCAGCACUAAGGGAAGCACUCCGAGGUAAAGGACGAUCAGUCAUUCUACUACUAGUGGGCGGUGUCUGUCCACGUGACCUUGAUGCUGAUCUUAAAAAACGAAUUUCUUCACAUACUGUUCUGGUAUGGGGAGACAAGUUAUUCUGGCAGAAGCUUAAGUUUGCUAUGCCGGAUGUAUCACCGAUUCCAGUUCUCGAAAGACCUUUGCCGCUUCCUCCUCCACCUCCGCCACCAUCUCAUCAUCUGCUGGCAUAGGACCAUGUUUCAGAUGUGGAUCCUGGCCGGAGGUAUUAUCGAACUUUACCCACGUAUGGAGUCUCUAGAUAUCAAGAAAAGAGAGGACCCCGGACUAUUGAGACUAUUCUUUCUACUUAUGAUCAUGAGGAAAUUCUUACUAUUGCGCUGGAGUACCCUUAAAUGCAGUUUGCCAAAUAAAAUAAAUACUUAUUUCUACAUUUGAUGAAAACAAAACUCGUGAUAGCUUUGGUAGUUAUACAAAUGAAAACGUAAUUAGUGCAAAAAAUGGAAAAAAAAAACAAAAUACUUCUUGUAUCUUAUAUCGCAACGAAUUAUACAUUUUUUCUCUUGCUAAUUGAUCGAUCGUUGGGUAAAACGACCGUGUUCAAUAAUUGAAAGGAAAAAAAAUUAAAAAAAUUAAAAUGUAACAAUUGUUCUUCGCUACAUCUCUUGUUUGUUUAAGGUUCUAAAGCAUCGUGCUUUGAGCUCAAGAAUUGUAAAUAAAAAUUUUGUAUAUUUGUAAUAUAGAUAGG